AUGCCCAUCUUCAACCAUCUGAAGAAGAUGAUUAAAUGCUACAUCCUGGAGAUUGUAAAGAUGGAUAUCGAGAUCGCCUCAGUUCUGAAUAGAAGACCAAUAGUGAAGCCAUUUAAAGAACCCGAGGAUAUCCAAGAUUUUCCAGGAGGAUUGAUCGACAAGGAAUAUUGGAGUAUCAUGUAUAAGAAGAAGGAGGAUGGUGAUUUGAAGAAUCGCAUGUUCUUUUUAAGAGACAAACAUUUGUAUUCCACAAGCAUAAUGAAUCAGAUUCUCGCAAGGGCUAAUGUGAACAAAACUAACACUGAUUCGGAAUUGAAAUGUAUAUCGGAUAUGAUUUUGUGCUAUCAAAAUGUUAGGGCAUCCCUUCUGAAAAUUAUUCCUAAUGUUUUUGAAAUGCAAGGGCAACAGUGA